ACGCGGACACCUUUGCCCCCAGCGGCCUCCGGGCGGGCACCGCAGGCUGGGGCUGAUCCGCGCCAUGGCCAUGUUCUCCCUGCCCUCCCUCCCCUCCUGGCUCCCCGGCCUCUCCUCCCCGCAGUGGGGCUCCGGCCUCCUCGACCCCGUCCUGCAGGGCCUCAUCGGGGCCUGCGGAGUCUCGGUCCUCAACAGCCUCCUGAGGGUCUACUUCUUCGUGAGCUGUGCCAGCAACCCCCGGCGGCCGCUGGAGAGGCAGCGGCUGCGGGCCCGGUGGGCUUUGCUGGACGCGGUGCACCUGGCCGGCCUGGCCCUGAUCCUGACGGUCCUGGGGGCCCGGGUGGCCGCCCUCGUGGUGCUCGAGUUCUCCCUCCGGGCUGUGUCCACGCUGCUCUCCCUGCACAAGGGCUCCGAGAGGGAGAGGCUGCAGCUGUACCUGCUGUGCCAGUACUCGCUGGGCUGUGCGCUGAGCUGCGGCCUGAGCUUCCUGCAGGAGGGCGCCCCCCACCGCACCCUAAACCUGCUGCUGGGCCUCUGGCUGGCCGCACUGCUUAGCUCGGGCGCCCGGCGCCUCUGCCGCCACGUGGACCAGCUCUACGAGCUGCACAGCAGCCAGAACUACUGCGGGGUCUGCCUGGGUCUGCUGGCGGGCGCCCACCGCCUCCCUCCGCUGCUGACCCGCGCCCUGGCCGUGGCCUUCGCUGUGGGUGACCUGGCGGCCGUGGCCCUCAUCAACCAGGACUUCCCCACCACCUCGGACGCCGUGCGCUUCUGGACGCCGCUGGUCAUCUGCUAUGCCCUGCUGGUCAUCUACAUGCAGGAGGAGCAGAGGCAGCAGCCUGGCCUGCAGGGCCAGGUCCAGACUUUGCUGGUGCGCAUGGGUGGCCUCUUCGUGCUGCUGCUGACCGUGGGCAGCUGGCUGGACCUCCUGGGAAUCCUCCUGUCCCUGCUGGGCGAGCUCUGGUGCCUGGCCAGCAUCCACACUCUGCUGGACCUCUGCCAGAUACAGGAUUCUCCAUCCCAGAGGCCUUCUGUGUCAGCUCCAAGGCAGCCCCAGUCCCAGGCCCUCAGCACGUGCCCAGCCCCGGGGGACAGCCCCCUCCUGACCUGCCGUAGCAAAGACUCAGAGUCUGUCUCAGGCCCACCCGGGCUCAUCCAGAGGCCUGGACCCCAGGACACUGCCCCGAAGCAGGGGGGCAGGCUGGCCCCCACCUGGGGGCUCUGUGGAGGGAGGGAAGGGUUUGGGGCUGGCCCUCUAAAGGGGGGGCAUUUGGAGGCCGCUGGGUGAAGCCCUAUGUUUCUCAGCCCCCUCAGACCCACCUUCCCUGGGAGACUAUUGCGUCCUCCGAAUGGCCCCCCUUCACCGCCCCCUCCACAAACAGUAAUAAAGAUGAUUUUUUUCAA